AUGUUUAUUCUCACGGCUCUCUACGCCUUCUUGUUUUGGCCGGCCGUGGCCUUGGCCGCUUGGGGCUACACGGACUCGGGUGGCAACUACAUCAUUGACUCCGGCUCCAACCUCGUCAUCAGCGUCAGCAAGACCAACGGUGACAUCAACUCCAUCAAGUACAAGGGCCAAGAGUUCAAUGGCUGGAGCGGAAAGAACACCCACGUCGAAUCUGGAUUGGGAACCAGCACGGUUUCCAUUGCCACGUACGGCAGCAAUGUCAUCAAGGUGUCGGUUCAAUUUGGCACUCUCAAGCAUUACAUCGUGAUGCGCUAUGGCAACAACAAUGUAUACCUCUUCACCAACAAGGCCGACGAUAGCGUCUCGGCCAUGCGCUACAUUGUGCGCAUCAAGGGUGGCAUCUUCAGCCACGCCUCCACCGAUGCCGACUUCUACGAUAACGGCAGCUCGUACAUUGAAGCGUCUGAUGUAAGCAUCAACAGCGCUGGCGUUACCAAGAGCAAGCACUACCAAGGAAACACCUAUGGCCGCACUAUGGACUACGACUACAUUGGACGUACCACUGGUAGCGUUGGCCUCUACCUCAUUCGAUCAAACCAUGAAAAGGCAUCCGGCGGCCCCUUCUUCCGUUCUCUCCUCACCCGCGCCGAUACCAGCGGCGAGGAUCUGUACGAGAUCUACUACUACAACAUGGGCCACACCGACCCCAUGCGCGUCGGUCUCCAAGGCCCCACCGUUCUCUCCUUCACCGACGGCGGCGCGCCCAACUCCAACCUCUUUGCGCGCAACGCCGACUGGACUUGGGUGGACGAUCUCGGGCUUGACGGAUGGACCAAGUGGGGUGACCGCGGCUACGCCUCCGGCGUGGGAAUCGCCAACAUGAAGUCCGGUUACACUUACACCGUUGGCCUCUCCAACACCAACGCCCAAUACUGGGGCACCGCAGCCUCCAGCGGCGGUUCCUGGUCGAUCAAGAAGGUGAUUCCGGGAACGUACACCCUCACCGUGUACAAGGACGAGCUGGAAGUCUACACCGGCUCCGUCACCGUGAACAAGGGCGCCGGUACUGCCGUCAACACCCUCACCCCCACCGACCCCGCCGACGACGCCGCCAUCUGGCGUAUUGGUGAGUGGGAUGGCACGCCUCGCGGUUUCCUCAACUUCGAGGACAAGCCCAUGAAGCCCACCUAUAUGCACCCCUCCGACAAGCGCCUCGCUAGCUGGGACCCUGCCAACUUCAUCGUCGGCACCACGGCGGCCAACGGCUUCCCGGGCUACAUGUGGCAGGACAUCAACAACAACCAUAUCAUCUACUUCCGCCUCACCCAGGAUCAGCUUGCCAAGGAUCACAAGAUUCGUUUGGGCAUCACGGAGGCGUACAUCAAUGGCCGCCCCACCAUUUCCGUCAACAGCUGGUCCGGCACGAUCCCUGCGGCCACGAACCAGGCCAAGACGCGAAGUCUUACCGUUGGUACCUAUCGCGGAAACAAUGUCAAGCUCGAGUUUACCGUACCUGCCAGCGCCUUCAAGCAAAGCACGAGCGAGUACCAAAUCCUGACCAUCAACAUCGUGACGGGAAGCUCCGGCACCGGCUAUCUCAGCGGCGGCGUCGCAUUCGAUUGCAUCGACAUGCUGGUUUAG